AUGAUGAGCGAGGCGCGCUUCGCGCUGCUGGUGGUGGACAGCGCCACCGGGUUGUACAGGUCCGAGUUCGUCGGAAGAGGAGAACUUGCUGCUCGACAAGGUCAUUUAUGUCGUUUUUUGCGGAGUCUACAGCGCCUGGCGGACACAUUCGGGGUGGCGGUGCUGGUGAGCAACCAGGUGGUGGCGCGGGUGGACGCGUUCCCGGGCAGCAGCAGCAGCAGCGGCUGCGGCGACAAACUCCCCAUCGGAGGCCACAUUAUGGCGCAUGCAAGUCAGACGCGGCUUUACUUGCGCAAGGGAAGGGCCGAAAGCCGCAUUUGCAAAGUCUACGACAGCCCCAGCCUCCCCGAGGGCGAGGCGCUCUUCGCCAUCGGCGAGGGAGGCAUCGGCGAUUACGAGGAAAGCUGA